CUUUUCUCAGUUAAUUCACACUCAACGCUGUUCAACCAUGGAGCUCAGGGCAUCGUCUGUGCUGCUGCUCUUCUGCGUCACCAUCAUCAUCCUCACCAGCACCGAAGUGGAUGCCAUUCCCAGUUGUUGUGUGAGAGUUUCAAAGAACAUCCCUUGGAACACGCUGUGUUUGAUGUCCAAUCAUGAGAUCCAGCACAGAUCUGGUCCCUGUGACAUCGAUGCAGUGAUACUAUACAUCAAUAACAAGCGGAUCUGUGCUGAUUUCGGAGUCUUGAAACGCUUGAAGAAACUCAAGAAGCAUUGCAAACCCAAACGGACUCGAGCCAAGACUGAACGAACAUCAUCAUCUGUCUUAUAAUGCAUUCAUCUACCAGCGGUUUCAGCACUUGUUGCAUUGCAUGUUUUAAAAGUCCUUUUGUUUUGUUUUUUAACAAAAUUUUACUACAAUAUUCUGUAUAUAAUCUUUGCAUGCUCUGCUUUUUAAUGCAAUAAAAUGCAUUUUUUUCA